AUGCCUAAGUUCCCGGUACCUUUCGGCAGGCGGCGAUCCACCGCUGACAGUCUCGAUAAUGGCGCCGUAGCCGAGCCGACCUUUCGAGUGCUCGACCGGAACGAGGUUUCCAAUGGCAAGUCCUUUGACGGCGGUGCCAGGAUGGCGGCAAAGGGGCAUGCUCUGGCCAGAGCGAGCGUCUCGAACAUCUCAGUCGAGGACAACAUCUUUGCCAACCUGAACACGAAUCGCGGCAGCGGCUCAUCCAACACCACAAAGACCAUGUCGACGGAUAAUUCGUCGCGGUACAGCAACGCUUCCACGGCCCCCUCAUCAACCGAUGCGAGGGAACAGGAGGAUGCGAAGGGAGGUAUGAGGAGAAGCCAAACGGACAUGCCGUUACCCCCGCUGCCCAAGUCGAGCUCCAACUUCCUGAAGGCGGCGGGCAGGACCUUUUCAUUUGGGGGUCAGAAGAAGAACAAUGUACCACCACCGGCGCCCCUUGUGGAGGAGCCCAUUCCUCCCGUGCCCGCGACACCUCAGAGCUACGUCAACAGCGGCAGGUCGCGAGCAACCACCGAGUCGACUACGAGCACCGCAACCCCUCCCAGGCUGGACGAGGAGUUUAACAUGGACAUGGGCGGAGACUUUGGCAAGAUGUUGACCUUCGACAAGAGGCAGAGUGUCAUGACUCUGCGGGGAGACGACCCUGCUGCACGACAGGCCUUAGCGCCCCGAUCACUGACUGGGAACCGGCUAGCCCAGCCGGCGCCGUUGCAGAUUGACAAAUCUUCCCGCAUCGAGCCCUCUCCAUUUUCUUGGGGAAGCCACCACUCCAACGACCAAUUGCUCAACAGAAGCCCGACCUAUGACUCGCCCACCAAUGAAAACGCUCCUCCAGUGCCCAGACACGCGUCUCCAGCCGGUGAUCGGCCACAGAUUCCCAUCUCGGCAUCAGACGGUGGUAUUUUGAAGAGGGCGAGUGCGAUCAUGGGCCGGCGACGUUCGGCCACAGAAUCUGGGGAUGGUGAUGACGAGGAUUCGAGGCUACUAAAGGACCUCUCCGCUGCCAGUAGGUUCCUGGCCAGUGGGCCACCACCCGUGCCGAGCCACUCAGGUCGGUACAGACGAGACGAGGACUCGUUCAGCAGUACCCCUAGCUGGCGACAGGUCUCGUCCGAGUCCCGGCUCACGAGUACGUCGGUUGCUGCAGGCGAGGAAGACAACUUGUUUAGUACGAGCCGCCCAACCUCGAACCGCUCGACUCCUCAGCGCACGAUCCCUCGCAAGCCCGCUCCGCAGAAGCAGCAGCCGCAGCAGCACAAGGUGAUGACCCCGGCCGAGUUUGAGCGUUACAGGCAGGACAAAGAACGGCAGGGUGCCAGGUCAGAAGCUGCAUCCUCGGAGCACGGUGAUGACCGUGAUGAAGAUGACGAGGACCACUACGAGGAUGACGAAGAUGAGAUUGAAAAGACAAAGCAAGCAGCGAAACAGAGGCGGAAGCAGGAAGCCCACAUGGCCGUGUAUCGACAGCAGAUGAUGAAGGUCACGGGAGAGACCGGCUCGGCAGGGCCAUCAGCGUCGCGACCCUCUAUGCAGACAUCGUUCAGCACGCCGAACCUGCCGAAUAUGGUCUCCAACAUGGGCCCCUCGCCCAAGGACACCUCGGAAGGCUCCGAGGAGGACGAGGAGGUGCCUCUGGCGAUCUUGGCCGCGCAUGGUUUCCCAAACAAGAACCGCCCGCCCACCAGAUUGACCACCAUGAUGUCGAACCCCAACCUUCGGGAAACGGCGCAGCAACCUAGCUACCAACGUCCCGGAUCAGCCAUGGGCGAAGCCGGAGGUAGCUCUCGCCUGCCCGCCUUCGCCCGGAAGCUGCCCCAAGAUCCCUUCCUGGGAGCAGGACUGGUCAACGGGCCGCCGCGGGAGAGCCUGGCUUUCGGCGCGGGUGCUCCGGCGGCUGUGCCCCAGGCCGGUCCCGCUCCCCCGGGUGGUCUGGUCGGCGUGAUUGCGAACGAGGAGCGGUCGCGGGCACUCCGGAGAGGGAGCCCCAACAUUGAGGCUAACAAGCCCUUGCCUUCGAUGGGCACCCAGCAGUUCGAUCCCAUGGCCGGCAUCCCGCCUCAGAUGAUGUACCCGCAGAUGCAAGGCAUGGGCAACCCCAUGAUGCUCACGCCUGGCGACCAGGCACAGAUCCAGAUGAACCAGCAGAUGCAGCAGUUCAUGCAGAUGCAGAUGCAGUUCAUGCAGAUGAUGGCCACCAACGGUAGCGGCGGCCAGGCGCAGCAGCCACCCCAGGGACGACCCAUGAGCCACAUGCCUACGGCCUCGAUGGGCAGCAUGGGCAGCAUGGGCCCUCCGAUGCUUCCUCAGAUGGGCGGUAUGGGUAUGGGCCAGGGCAUGGGAAUGGGCAUGGGCCCCGGCCCCGGCCCCGACAUGAUGCGCCACUCCUUUAUGGACACCGGGUCCGUGGCUGACAUGCCCAUGGGUCGUCAGAACGACUACGGCCGCACGAUGAGCAUGGUCCAGCCCAGCUCGGCUUCCUGGAUCCAGCCCCAGGGUGCGGGCUACGCGCCCUCCAUCCGGGUCGUCGGCGCCAACGGAUACGCGCCGUCGAUUGCGCCCUCGGAGCGGAGCAACGUCGGCCUGCCUGGCCGCUACCGCCCCGUGUCUCAGGCGCCGCCUCCCUCGGCCGGCGGCGCCGGCGAGCACUCGCGCAAGUCGUCGCUCAUGUCGGGCGGGCUGGGCGGCGGCCUGGACCAGCCGCCGCAGCAGCGCAAGGCGAGCCCGUCGACGUCGCCGCUCAACAGGUCCAACAACGCGUCGGACGACGAGGACGACGAGCAAGGGUGGGCGGCGAUGAAGGCCAAGCGGGAGAAGAAGCGGUCGCUGUGGAGGACCAAGAAGGACAUUGACAGCGACAUCGGGGCGCUGAUCAGCUAA